AUGCACAUGAAGAAACGCGUCAAACUCAUCCUUGGACGCGUUUUACACCCGCCUGGACCGUCCCCUACCGUCCCCAUGAUGAGCUUCUACCCGGCGACGCAGCCAGCAAGUGCGGGGCGUCUUGUGUCAAGUUCGGGACGAGGAAAGGAUGAGUCGGGUCGCUCAAAUUUACCUUCGGUGCAUGUCACGGGCCAGGUCGAAUAUGGGGCAUUUGGUGACCGGCGACCAAACAUGGGGGAGCAGGCGUGGGUUGGCCCGGCUCGAGUAAUUGUGGAGUGUGCCGGACGGCUUCCUCUCCCCAAACAUCAGAGAAGCCUCAGUCAAGUUAAGAGCACCGGGCCAUGCUUGGGGCCCCGGCAAGGACAUGACGCACUUGACCUUCUACUCAAGACCGAGCCCACCGUAAACCACCUUUUGCUCUCAAACAACUCGAAACAACUUGACCGGCCCCCCUCGUAUACGGAUGAGAUGGACACCGCUUACCGAAAGAUAGACGUUGAUGCUUAUGACGAUGACGCAGUGACAGAGGAAGAGUUAUACACUCACGAUCCCAGGUCAGCGGAAGAAGUCUUGGCUGAGGCUCAAUCUAAGACCACUCAAGCUCGAUCAUUUCUCACUCGCGGCGAUGUGGCAUCAGCGCUAAAGCUACUGCUAACUUCGCCACCCUACGGUCCCUCUUCAUCGGCCCUUGACAGCGCAAAGUCACUUACUCUCUCCUCGGUCAUCGAAACAUUGUCGUCAACCCGAACUUCGGAGAUUGCGUCGAUCGUUCAAUCUUUUGAUCAGUCCGAACAGGAUUGGCUCAUGAAGUACCUCUACAAAGGGAUGAGUUCGAUCGGAGAUAGCAAUUCGGCAGUAUUACUCAAUUGGCACGAAAAGUUGACGGAAGUCGCUGGCACGGGUUGUAUUGUUAGAGUGAUGACUGAUCGCAGAAGAGUGUAAGAAUUUUAGUAAUCACAUCCCCAUCAAAGGUAAACCUUCAUGCGAUAAAAAUUUAAAAUACAAAUAUAAAGCCCACUCAAAAAUGUUCAUCAAGCUUUUCACGUGUUAUUCUACUUAAUUGUAACCCAAUGAGACCUACGAAGUUCAACUCAAAUUGAGGGUAUACAUGCCCAAAGACAAACAUGAAUUGAGAAUCAUGCAGCAGUACUUCACUUUCACCAAGGCAAAUGUUCUUUUGGGUUUUCUAGCCAUAGCCUACCUAUGUAUCCCGCUUGGUAGCUUAUACUGUCGGACAAAGAGUUUAGUCACCAGCUACAUUGAAGGAUGUCAUUGCUGGACGUGCUUAACGUCCUAUUCCUUGUGCAA